CGGUAAACUGUGGUAAGACGUCAUACUUUGCAAUUUGGCAUCGUCACUCAGUCUGGCGCUGACUCGGAAGUCUUCUCUCCCAAAAACAGAAAGCGAUUAAGAAAAAAAAUGGCCGUUUAGUCGCAUAUACUCGUAUGUCGUAUCCCAGAAGGUAGAAGCCCAAACCUUCAUUUCCAAUUUCAAACGACCAGGCUUCCUCCAAGGCUCCAAUCCUCCGCCCGUCAGCCGCUAGGUCAGAUUUUCAGUUUCUCUCGCAGCCAAUCAGCCACGCUCCCCCGGUUCCAGACGGCCAGACGGCCACUCGCCCAGUGACCCAGACCUCCAGGCUCCGGUGCUCCACAGGACCACAGCUCCACUGCGACGUCGCUGCGCGCCUGCGCUCUCGCCACUCAGCUCAGCACUCCGGACAAACAAAAUGAAUGGGCAAUCUAUCACUCUGGUCUUUGGCAAUUGUCAGAACUGCAGCGGAAUGGCUAGAAAACUAGGAUUGGCCAUUGUUAUAGCAUUGACUAUCGCGUCUAUAUGCGAAGCUUCGAUCUUCAGGCCGAUCUCUGACUCUCAUCGAUCCGCUGCACUGGAGCUCUUUACUCUCUCUGAUGGAUCUUUUGGGAGCUUAGAAGACACUUAUGAGGCUUUGAGAACGUUUGAGGUCCUUAAAAUUGACAAAAAGUUUGACAUAAUGGCUUCCACGUGCAAAUCAAUCGGUGACACCCUCUUGUCUCCUUCUUCGGAUUUGAAGGAUUUAUUUCAAGCAUUCAGGGUUAAUGGUAUAUUGAAGUGUGACCUGAACGGUGAUGCUAUAGCAAGCACUGCCUCAAGACUGAAAGAGGCUUUACAUAGUGCUAAAUCACUUCUUGAUUUCUACUAUUCAAUAGGCGGUUUAGUGCUUAUCAAGGAUCAGGCUUCUGAAGUUGAUGUUCAUCUUAAGGAUGCUAAAGGAGUUUUUCAUUCUAUCAAGGCUCUCAGCCAAAGUGAUGGAAGGUGGCGUUAUAGUUCCAGUAUUCCUGACAUUAGUUCUUAUGCAUCAGGAAUAGCGCUUGAGACCCUAGCUGGUGUUGUUUCUCUAGAAUCUUCUGAGAUUGGGCAUUCUCUUAUUGAUUUGUUGGUAAAUGAUAUAUCAAAUCUUUUUGAUGGCAUUGAGAAAUAUGAUGACGGGACCUAUCAUUUUGAUGAGAAACUUGUUGAUGCAAAUGGACAUCACGGUCCUCUUUCAGCUUCGUCAUCAAUAGUCCAUGGUAUCACAGCUUUAGCAGCAGCAACACAUGAAAGUUUAAAUAUUCCUGGGGAAAAGAUUUUAGGUUUGGCCAAGUUUUUCCUUGGUGUUGGGAUCCCAGGAAAUGGAAAGGAUCUGUAUUUCCAGAUUGAUGCACUUGCGUGCUUGGAAGAGAACAGGGUUUAUAUUCCUUUGAUUCUGUCACUACCAAUGACUGUGCUGUCAAGGAAUAGAAAAGACCAGCUAAAGGUGCAUGUAAACACUGUUUUGGGAUCUUCUGCGCCUCCUCUGUCAGUAAGACUCAAGCAGUUUUUUGUCUCAGGCUCAAAGGAUGCAUCUUUGGUUGAUCAGGAACUCAAGUUUGAUCCUAAAAAUGCAGUACAUUUCUUGGAUGCUCUGCCAGAAAACAUUGAUGUUGGGAAUUACAUUUUCAUUUUUGAUAUUGUUCUUCAUGAUCCAGAUCAUAAGAAAAUCUAUGCUACAGGUGGAAGAAGCAAAGUGAGCAUAUAUGUCACAGGAGUCAUCACGGCUGACCAUGCAGAAAUUGCUGUUCUUGACAGCGAUCUUGAGAAUGUGGAAACUAAAAAAAUGUUGAAUUUCGCUGAGGAGAAUUCUGUCUCUCUAUCAGCAAACCACCUUCAGAAGCUUCGGUUGGCUUUUCAGUUAACCACUCCUCUUGGACAUGCCUUUAAACCACAUCAGGCAUUCCUCAAGUUGGGACACAAGAGUGGAGUCGAACAUAUCUUUGUGGUUGGGAACUCUGGAACCCAUUUUGAGAUAAUACUAGAUUUUCUUGGACUUGUCGAGAAGCUUUUCUAUCUAUCAGGCAGAUAUGAUAUUCAACUCACUGUUGGUGAUGCUGUUAUGGAAAACUCUUUCAUGCAAUCACUGGGAUUUGUUGAACUAGAUCUGCCUGAGCCUCCGGAGAAUGCGCCCCGUCCUCCUUUGCAGCCCAUUGAUACUUCCUCAAGAUAUGGGCCCAAAGCGGAAAUAGCUCACAUUUUCAGGAUUCCAGAAAAACAGCCCCCUAGGGAGCUUUCUCUGGCAUUUUCAGCAUUCAUCCUUUUGCCGUUCCUUGGAUUUCUUAUUGGGCUUUUACGGUUGGGGGUGAAUUUGAAGAGCUUCCCAACUGCUACCAUACCUGCUAUAUUUGCCGCUCUUUUCCAUGCUGGCAUCGCAGCUAUUCUUACACUCUAUCUACUCUUCUGGUUGAAGUUGAAUUUGUUCACCACAUUGAAAGCUCUGGGGAUCCUUGCAAUCUUCUUGAUGUUUGUUGGACACUCAACCCUCGCUCACUUAGCUUCAACAUCAGCCAAGCUGAAAUCCGCUUGACCCCCAGCCCAUGAGACUCUUGGUCUUGGGCUGUAUUCUUGGUUAAUUUUGUACGACAUAUAACUAAGACGGCGAUAAAGUUCCACACAAUUAGUAUAAUUCAGAAAAGUUAUUCUGUUUAGUCCAUUUUACGUGACCCUCUUUUGUUGCUGAACUUUACAACUUGUGCCAUUAGUGUAACUUGUGCUGGUUGUUCAAGGCCUGAGAUUUUUGGGGUUCAAGUGAAUUCUAUGUUCAAUAGAUGUCUACUUAGUACUUAUGAGCUUUUAAGCUCGAAUGGUAAGAGUUUGUGCCGUCAGACCUGUACUGCAUUUUUAUACGAAGUACUUGUUUUUAUCAAUCUAUCAGGAAUAAACUGGUGUGUAAAUAGAUAAAUAUGCAAAGAUCUUUCUGAU